AUGUGGUUGGAUUCCGAUGGCAACAAAUCAGGAAUUCUUGUGGAUAGUUUCGACAGAGCGCAUAUACAUUGGAUAUUCUUGGUAAUCGAAAUCACCUUAUCGGCCAUCAUCAUCAUUGGGGAUGUUAUUUUAUUGAUGUUGUACUUCACCCGGAAAUUAUUAGGGCAAUCGACCAAUAUAUUAGUGUUCUCUGUAGCAGUCGGUGAUUUAGUAUCGGGAUUAGCUACAUUACCACUGGACAUCAGUCAAAAGUUCUUGAUAGAUCUUUCUCCGUACGUCUGUAAAGCAUUUUAUUACUUUUCAAAUGUUGCCAAGACCGCUAUAUCGUACACAAUAUUUCUAUUAACUAUGGAGCGAAUAGUAGCAGUUUUAAACCACAAAUUUCGACUGUUGUCCCCAGGCAGGUGCUUAUUCUUCUGUAGUUUAACGUGGUUCUUCGCUGCAGCAUACAAUAUAUGGGCUGUAGUCAUAUACGAUACAACGUUCAUUCCCAUUGGAAAAAACCAUUAUUUAGCUAUGUGUUUUGUUGCAGAAAACUUUUUAGAUCUGUAUCAGAUUUUUCGUAUAUUGGAUUUUCUAAUCGUCUUUUUAUUUCCUGUAUGUGCUACAACGACGUUAUUUGUAACAUUUGCAUUGGCCAAGAACCCUUCUCAUCAGCCCGGCAGACUGUACAAACCUUCAUUAUCAAUUUUAGUCUUUGCUUUCGCUUUAUUUAUGUGUUUUAUUUGUUGCCACUUACCUGCGGAAAUUGUAACAUUUUGCAUCGACCAUCGAAACACAUAUUUAAUUUCAGAUCUUAGUGCCUUUAAAAUUCUGCAAAUGUUCUCAUUUUCCCGUGGGUUUUGGGACUUAUUCAUAUUCGGGACAUUUAGACACUAUGUCUGUAAAAAGGAAAAGGUUCUAGCGCAAAUGAGAGAAAUCAAACAACAGAAUUCAUUAGGUAUACCUACCGUGGCACCAGUUUCUACUAGUCUUUUGGAUAGUGAUCAAGAAGUAUCUCAAAAGGUAUCAAGUGGUGAAAAAUCGGUUGUUAUCACUGAACAUUAG